UAUGAGCGGAAUGUAAACAAUGUUCAGACGUAAGCUAACUACUGUCAGCACCGCCGCUGAUGCUGCUGUUGUUGCCGCUGAAUCUCAUACAGAUGUGACUUCACAUUAGUCCCGUCGAGCUGAGAUGGAAUUGUAAAAAUAAUCCUGUUCUUCCGUCUGAUCUUCGAUCUGUUGCAUAUAUUAUUUAUAUGCUGUCACUAUGACUAAAGAUAUUGUCGUUGGGGAUGAAUUACCAGACUGGGUGGGGGCCAAAGAGUUUUACCAGAAAUAUGACCCUAAAGAGGUGAUUGGCAGGGGGGUGAGCAGUGUUGUGCGCAGGUGUGUGCACAGACACACAGGGCAGGAGCUGGCGGUUAAGAUUAUUGAGAUCACAGCGGAGAAGAUGACCGCCCAGCAGCUGGAGGAGGUGAAAACCUCUACACUGAAGGAGAUUCAAGUCCUCAACAUGGUGAAAGGACACUCCUCAAUAAUCACUCUUAUUGAUUCCUAUGAGUCAGCAACCUUCAUAUUUUUGGUUUUUGACCUCAUGAGACGAGGAGAACUGUUUGACUACCUCACUGAAAUUACUCUGAAUGAGAAGGAGACAAGGAGUAUGAUGCGAGCUCUGCUGGAGGCUGUUCAAUACCUUCACUCCCUUAACAUCAUCCACCGUGACCUGAAACCUGAAAACAUUCUCCUGGAUGAUCAGGGACACAUCAAACUGUCUGACUUUGGAUUUUCAGUGCAGCUACAGCCUGGCGAGAAACUUAGAGAGCUCUGUGGGACCCCUGGUUAUUUGGCCCCUGAAAUACUGAAAUGCUCAAUGGAUGAAACACACCAAGGCUAUGGCAAAGAGGUUGAUCUAUGGGCAUGUGGAGUGAUUCUCUUCACAUUACUGGCUGGUUCACCACCAUUCUGGCAUCGUAAACAGAUGCUAAUGCUGAGAAUGAUUAUGGAAGGUCGCUAUCAGUUCAGCUCCCCUGAGUGGGAUGAUAGGUCUGACACUGUGAAAGAUCUGAUAUCCAGGCUGCUGGUGGUGGACCCGGCCACCCGUCUGACAGCCGAGCAAGCCUUGGCACAUUCCUUCUUCAGACAGUAUCAGAGGGAAGAUGUACGCCUGUUCAGCCCCAGAAAAUCUUUUAGGGUGUUGAUAGUCACUGUGCAGGCCUGUAUCCGCAUGUACAGCCGUUACCGCAGAGUCCGGCCGCUAACCCGGGAGGUGCUAGCCAGAGAUCCUUAUUCCCUUCGUGGCGUCCGCAAACUCAUUGAUGGCUGUGCUUUCCGGAUCUAUGGGCACUGGGUAAAGAAAGGCGAACAGCAGAACCGGGCCGCCCUCUUUCAGAACACAGCUAAGAUCAUGCUGCUGGGCCUGGAAGACUUUGAAACUUAAAACGUCCACCUCAUUCCUAAUAUUGUUGAUUUUAAUUUAAUCUGCAUGUAACGUCCUGUCCGUGUUUGUCUCAUCAAACUAAUGUAUGUUAGAAAAUUCAGGGACCAGGAUGUUUCUGUGCCUUAAUGCGCACAGUGGCUCUGCAAUUUUAAGAUAAGCAUGCACAACGUUAUAGUCCUUAUCUGCCUUUUGAUCCUAGUUUGUGGUUUGAAAGUCUUCAUGUCAACAUGUUUGCAGUGGCACUUUCACAUAGGACUCAUUGCACAAUCACUUGACAAACAACAUGUAACCUAGGUACAUACAUUUCUUUUAUAUUUCUAGAAUUUUAUCUGCUCAUUCUCAGUUAUAACUGAGGAUAUGUUACAUUUUAAAGCACUGUGUGACUGGAGUGGGUAUUAAUGCACUGUGAUGACAUAUUUUAAACAUAAAUUCAUAUACGUAUUGAAUAAAUACAUCAGUAUCAGAGGACAUGUGUGAAAAAUUCAGUUUUGUAUCAAGAUAUACUUUUAGUUGUCAUGCAUGCAGACAUUCCGUAUAUGGAAGUCCACACACACUAACUGUAAAGACUGUUUGUCAUUAUUACGUAUAAAAAAAUAGCAUUGCUGUGCAUUCCCUACUUAAUUCAUUCUUUCGAGCACUUCUUGUGAAAGUGCCUGUCUUAGAAAUGUACUGUAAUUUUACAAAUGUAUAUAUACAUUGUACAUGAAGAAAAGGAUUUCCUUGACAAUAAAACAAAUAUUAGUCA